AUGGGUAAUUUUCAGGGAGUUUUUGGAUCUGCUGGGUCAAUUGCAUACAAGGCUCGCAGGUGCAUGGUGGAUUUUGAAUAUACAACUCAGAAUCGAGUGUGUUGCAUCCAGGGAUUAAAACCUCUGUCUUGGUCUCCGCCAGAACCUGGUGCUUGGAAGUUAAAUUGUGAUGGGAGUGUGAACUUGGGGGAUGAUUGUGCUGGUUUUGGGUGGGUAAUUCGCGAUAGCUCUAGUCAAUGGAAAGGUUUGGCUUGGGCUUGGGAGGCGGGUCUUAAGCUUGUUGUCUGUGAGACAGAUUGCGCAGCAGCUUUUGAGCUAGUGACUGGUUGGCAAGUUCCACUCUGGCAUCUUGAAAAAGAAGUAAUACAACUGAUCUUUGACUUGAAGUUAAGAAGGGAUUGGGAUAUUCGUUUUGAGCUUAUCCCGAGAGAAGUUAAUGUCGUGGCAGAUCGGUUGGCAAAGAUGGGAUCUGAAGGUAGCAGAACUGAUGAGGUUCACCUUUGGCACCAGCCACCAGAGGUGGUUUGUCCUCUCUUACUGUUAAGAACCUGA